UCAUGUCGUCAAUCAGUAAGAACAUGCUUCUCACUCACACCGGAUUCUCAUAUCACGAAGUAAAGAGUAAAGUAGCUUCACCUUGAAAGCGUUGAACUCUGCGUUUUGGUCCAAAAAGUAGAAAAUGAAGUGGAAAUUGCUUAAAGUUUGGACCCAAGACGACAACACAAUCCAGUUUUGCCUUUUCUUUCUUCUGGGAGAGAAAUUUUUUUGCGAGUGAAAUGGAAGAGAACAGAACUUCUUUGUUGGAGAGUGGCGUGGAGUACUAUGAAAACUGUCCAGGUUGUAAGAUGGAUCGUCUCAAACAAGAAGAAGUUGGAGUCCCAUACAAGCACUUGUCUUUUAUCUGGAUUGUCUCCCUGUGUUCUACUUUGCCAACAACUUCACUAUUCCCCUUUGUUUACUUCAUGAUCAGAGACUUUCAUAUUGCAAAAAGAGAGGAAGACAUUGGUUUCUAUGCAGGAUUUGUGGGCUCUUCAUUUAUGGUUGGAAGAGCUUUGACAUCUCUUUUCUGGGGAGUGGUGGCUGAUCGAUUUGGUCGUAAACCUAUUAUAUUGAUAGGGACAUUUUCAGUGGUGGUAUUCAACGCUCUCUUUGGCCUUAGCACAAGCUUCUGGAUGGCACUGUCCAUGAGAUUUCUUCUUGGCUGCUUGAAUAGUGUGCUGGGCACAAUAAGGGCAUAUGCUUCCGAAGUGUGUAGAGAGGAGUAUCGGGCUUUGGCACUUUCUGUUGUUAGUACGUCACGAGGCAUAGGACUGAUUAUUGGCCCUGCUAUCGGAGGCUUCUUUGCACAGCCAGCAGAGAAAUAUCCAAAUGUAUUUUCCGAAGGUUCCAUUUUCGGAAGAUUUCCCUACUUCUUACCAUGCCUCAUAAUAUCAGUUUACGCUAUUGGAGUUCUUAUUGCCUGCAGAUGGCUUCCUGAGACAUUACACAAGCAUGUUGGAAAGGGAAAUGAGAGAUAUGAUCCACAUGAUAUGUCAGAAACAUCUUCAAUCGAAUCUGGUGAGAAGGACAACAUCGUAGAACCUGAAGAGAUCAGACAGGCUCAUAAACCAAGUCUCUUAAAAAAUUGGCCACUAAUGUCUACGAUCAUUGUCUAUUGCGUUUUCUCACUUCAAGAAAUAGCUUACGCUGAAAUAUUUUCACUUUGGACAGUUAGUGAUAAAAAAUAUGGAGGAUUGAGCUUUUCAUCCCAAGAUGUUGGUGAAGUUCUUGCUAUCUCUGGAUUAGGUCUUUUACUAUUCCAACUUCUGUUGUAUCCACCAGUGGAAAAGGUCCUUGGGCCUCUCACGGUUACACGGCUUUCAGCGGCAAUAUCAAUUCCGUUGCUGUCAUGUUUCCCCUAUAUAACUAUGCUUUCGGGUGUAAUCCUACAUGUGGUGAUAAAUUGUGCAGCCCUAUUAAGGAAUACUCUAUCUGUUUCUCUUGUUACCGGAUUGUUCAUAUUGCAGAACAAUGCAGUGCCACAAAGUCAGAGGGGAGCCGCCAAUGGCCUUUCAAUGACAGCAAUGUCUGUUUUCAAAGCAUUUGGUCCAGCAGGAGGAGGAGUCCUCUUUUCUUGGGCACAAAAGAGACAAGCCGCAGCUUUUCUUCCAGGUGAUCAGAUGGUGUUCUUCGUACUAAACGUUGUUCAGUUUGUCGGAUUGCUGCUGACUUUCAAGCCAUUUCUUGCCGAACCUCGUUCAUGAUCAUCUGAAGGAAAUACCAAGCGAAAGUAAUAACACAAACAUGACCAGAGUCAUUCUUGUACUGAACUGAACCACUUAGUUCUUUAAGUUUAUAUUAUCAAGUUUCAUAAAGGGACUGCAAAUUCUCAAAAUUGCUACAUUUCAUUAAUGGAGGACAACAAGAAAGCUGGUUAUGUGCA